ACUGCAGGCAAACUACCAUUUGACUUUGACUCAAGAGACUUCCCGUUAGUGUUUGCAGUCAGCGGCCAGAGUCCCACUUUGUUGUUUUAGUCAUGAGGAUGGGAAACAUCGAACUGUUCUGCGCUCACCUGCUUGGCUUGUAUCUUAUAUUUUCUCAUCCUCAUACUGAGGGCUGUGGGGACUUUGGUUCUCUACCACCAAAACCAAACAUUCGUAAUUUUAGCAACAAUCAAAGCCUUGUAGUGAGCUGGCCAAGAAACAGGGGAGCAUCAGAGAGCGACAUGUAUGAGAUCCAAAUCAGCCGCACAAAAAGUCACACCAUUAUUUAUAAUAAAAAUGUGAGCAUACCUACCAGGGACUCAGGUUGGUCCACUUUGACAUGGAUCUCUAAAUUGCCGCUUGAGUGUGUCGAUCACUCAGUCAGGAUACGAAGUUUCUGUCAUCAAACCGCCCCCGGUCCUUGGAGCAACUGGGUAACCAACCAUGGAGCCAGAGCAGCAGAUGCAUCCCUGAUAUUUCCUUCCAGACGGUUACUGAAAGAGGGACGCUCUGUCAUGCUCUGCUGUGUUCCCCCAGUGAAUGUAGACAUCACGCGCAUCACCCUCAGGAAGGAGUCCUACCCACUUUUGAACGUUGGAGAUGGGGUUAAAGCUAUUUUAAUGACCAAUCUGACAAUCCCAAGCAUCCAGAUCAAAAAACUGGUUUUCAGCUGCACUGAUUCAACCGGAAAGAGAAGCCUAGUUGAGAACGCCGUAGGCUUCCCUCCUCAAAAGCCCAGGAACCUGAACUGCACAACCUCAGACAUGGUGAACAUCACCUGCAUGUGGGACCCCGGGAGGGAACAAGUCCAGUAUAACUUCAGUAACCAGACACACAAACUCUACUUUGAGAACACAGGCCGGGCUUCGAUCCACUGUCAGCCACCAUCCUGUACUUUCCCAGCUGUGCCACAGCAGCAGGAAUACAACAUCCGUCUAGUGGUGAAGAAUCAGCUGGGAGAAGAGACAGCGACCUACAGCUUCAAUAUCUCUGACAGAGUGUCACCUGUGUUGGACCUGAACAGAGUGGAGUAUGGGGUGACAGACGUCAGCUUGUUCUGGACAGUAGAAGGGAACCUGACCCAGAACAUACUCCUUUGUCAGGUUUCUACAGAAAGUGAAACCAACAGAGAGCUGCCUUGCAGCAGUGAGAAUGGUCUCUGCAAAAUGCAUCUGGAUGACCUGCGUCCAAACAGGACUUACUCUGCUAAGGUGCGCUGUUCCAUCAAUGGGAGAUUUUGGGGACCAUGGACCGAGCCUGUACCAUUUAAAACACUGGUAGCCUUGGACUUAUGGAGGAGAAUAAAGUACAGACCUGAUUCAGACAUUCGUGAUGUCACUCUGCUAUGGAAGCCUCCUGCUUUUGGUACAGCAACCUCAGUGAAGAUCCAAAGUUAUGAAGUCCAGAGGUCACAGGAAGGUCAAACUGUGACAGAGCCGAAGGACAGCGGCCAGAGUCAGGCAGACAUCCCGAUUGGUCCCAGCAGGUGUAACUUUACUGUUCGAGCUUUACUCAGCAUAGGGACGUCCAUCCCAGCCAGCAUCAUCAUCCCACCAAAGGACGACUCAGAAAUCCCUCCAGUGAAGAAGCGCCUGAGCAGAACAGAUGAUGGUUUCCAUCUGUGGUGGAAUAAGCAAACUUCGGUCACCUGCGGUCACACUGUGGAGUGGUGCAUCUUGGGAAGCAAAGCACCCUGCACGCUGCAGUGGAUGAAAGUGCCUCAAGGAAACAGCACUUUCUUACCUGCAGGAUAUUUCAAACCAGGUCGGAGAUAUUCAUUCGAUAUUUAUGGAUGCACAGAUCAUGGGGACAAACUACUGGAGACACAGACUGGAUACAUUGAAGAGUGCGCCUCUGCGCAGCCCCCAAGAAUAAUUGAACCGGUUAAAAGGACAUAUGCAUCUGUGACCCUGGAGUGGCACUAUGACGAAGAGGAUCCAGCUCAGCCGGCAUUCAUCACUGGUUACCUGGUAACAGUGCAGGAAGUGCAGACUGAUGCUCGUUUAGGUCAUGCUGCAAUUUUAUUCAACGUUUCUGUGGAUGAUCCCUGGAAAAAGUCAGUAACCAUGGAGGGUCUGCAGCAGGACCAGGAAUACGUCUGCUCUGUGAGUGCUCUGACUACAGUUGGGCCCGGAGUACCUGCCAGCAUUACAGUCAGGACCAACGUUAACUAUUUUUCCCACUUAGCAAAGAUCUUGACUCCCAUCCUGCUCCUGCUGGGCUGCACCGUUCUGCUGUGGCCACAAAGGAAAAUGUUAAAAAAUGGACUGAGGGAGAUAUUUACUUAUCCUGCUGGUAUGAACAUCAAAACUCCUGAGUUUGAGAGCUUCUUGUAUGAGAGUUGUCAGAAGUUGCAGUCUCAGAGGGAGGAAGAGUGCAUCAGCUGUGACAUUGAAGUCUUGACAGUCAAACCUUUGCGGCAUGAAAGUCCAGUCCUGAGGGAUCCUGAGAGUACGAACACAACAUGCUCGCCUGCUCCUCAGUCGUCUCUUGCUCCUUCCUGUGUCCAACUCCAAACAGGCUACCGGCCUCAGUCUGCUGUCCUGCUCUGUCAGACACCCGCCCAUCAGCAACUGAUGUGCAUUGCAAACAAGAGCUACUUGAGCCCCAGCACUGAGUUUAGUGAAAUCAGAUCCAGCUUUGAGACUUCUGACUGCCAGCAGGGAUCAUGUGCAGGACUUUAUGGUUACAUCUCUGAUAGUUAAUUAAAUGCAAAACGAGCAAUCUUGAGCCUUUUUGUUCUCCCACUCAAGAGUAUAAAUACUCUAAAAGUGGAGGCAAAAUGUAAAAACAUAGUGCGCUGUUGUUUCUAAACCUCAUUUUGUGAUUUCUACCACACUCUUAACAUGCCUUAUUGGUGUGUGUUUGGCAUCAUAAUCUUUCAGAUUGCAUCACGGCACAGCAGUGAAAAACUGCACGAAAACAACUCACUUCACAGAUCACGAUAAACACAGAGGAAACUAGAAGUUUUAUCUACAGGAUAUGAAGAGAGAGCAUGUAUGAGGUAGGACAGAUGUAAGGUGAAGAUUAGUUACAACAGUUUCAAAAACUAGAAAGUGAGAUAUAAUGUGAAAAGUUCAUCUUAAAAACAGGUAAACUUUCUGGUUUUCAGGUCACACAUGGCAAUAAAACAUUUAAACUUU